AAUGGGCACCAAGCGACCCCACUCUGGUUCUCUCGACGAACCUCCAUCAAAGAGAAGGAGAUACAGUCCUGAGCCAGAGAAAACUGAAGCGCCUCGCCAUGACACCCAAGAAUUGGGUUUCAAAAUGCCCCGCAAAGAACCUUUGGAGGAGAUUUACCACCAAGGGAGGCUACUCGGCCAGGGUGGCUUCGGAGCUGUCUAUGCCGGAAGCCGGAAGAGCGAUGGCCUCCCAGUAAGUCCCCAAGUGGUAAAGGAUGGCGAGGAGAUGCAAAUGCUUGGAGUUGACGAGCCCAUCCCCCUUGAGGUGGCCAUGAUGACAAUCAUCAGCCUUCCGUCACCCUGCGAAAACGUGAUAAAGCUCAUUGAUUGGUUUGUUGGAGUCGAUGAGUACAUCAUAGUUUUGGAAAGGCCGGACCCAUGCCUGGACCUCCACGAGUUUUGCGCUAGCAAUGGAGGAUUCCUUUCUGAGGACAUUGCUAAGCAUGUGCUGGGCCAGGUUCUCCGGGCGUUGCGUCACUGCCAGGACUCUAAAAUCCUGCAUCGAGACCUCAAGCCGGAGAACCUGUUGAUCCAAACAGACACUUUAGAGGUCAAACUCAUCGACUUUGGAUGUGGAGAUGUCUGGAUGGAUGACACCUACAGGGAAUUUGCAGGGACAACAGCCUAUGCUCCCCCAGAGUGGUUCCUCAGACGGGAGUACCUGGCAGGCCCUGCCACGGUCUGGUCAGUGGGGGUGACUCUGUUUGAGCUGGUGUGCGGCUACCUCCCCUUCCGCAGCAAGAGGGCAAUCGUUUCAGGCCACCUAAAAUUCCCGCCAUGGGUCUCUCCUAACUGCCGCGAUCUGAUUCGACAGUGCCUUACGCGCAAAGUGGCAGACAGGCUGAAGAUGGAGCAGAUUGAGCUCCAUCCGUGGCUGAAGUAAAGCUGACCAGCAGACUCAAUGCUAAAAUACUUCUUGCCUAUAGAAAGAACUUAACAUGUCACCAUUUGAGGCAAGGGAGAGGAAGGCACUGCUGAGUCUUGGGACAGGUAAGAGAAAACCAUUCUUGUGUCUCAUUCAUGUGUCCUCCAUAAAGGUCUUCAGGAUUUCUUUUGCUCUUGAAACCAGUGAACAAGUCUAUUUCUAACAACUAUGGACAAAAAUGCUCUGUGACUGAAUGUUUUGCAUAGGUUCCAAUUCCUAUUGUUUCCUAAACUGCAUUCUUUUUUGUACAUCCAUACUUAUUACUUAGAUUUAUGUCAUGUGUGCAGUAAGAUGGGAGGUGCAGAGACAGGCCAGCUAGACACAAAAAAAGAAGGCAUGAAUAUCGCAGUGUGCUGUGACA